UCAACAAAUGGCAUCUUUCACCAUUACUUUCUCUUGUUUCAAAGAAGCUACAGGGCAGAAGAAGAAGGAAAGAGCCCAACCUUUUACUGCCCUUCUCCGCUUCUCUGCCUCCUUAUUGCACGGUAUGGCGCGUUGUGUUUCUCGGGGGAUUCAUAUUUUAAUGCCCCCCGCAUUGCACAAGCAGGAGGAGGAGCGGAAGGGCAGUUGGGAAGUGAUGACAACGCGCGGCGUCUUGGUCUCAAUGCUCUGGCUCCUCGUGUGUGGCAGUGGCACGUUUCCGGCGGGUUGUAUGGCCGGAAAAGUGCCUGCGGUGAUCGUCUUUGGAGACUCGACGGUGGACCCGGGGAACAACAACCAGAUCGACACCGUGCUGAAGAGCGACUUCGAGCCUUACGGGCGGGACUUCUUCCAGGGGAGGCCGACGGGACGAUUCUCGAAUGGUAGGCUCGGAACCGACUUCGUCGGCGAGUUCCUGGGGGUGAAGCCUGCCAUCCCCGCGUACCUGGAUCCCAUGUACAAUAUCAGCGACUUCGCCACCGGAGUCAGCUUUGCCUCUGCCGGAACUGGCUACGACAACGCCACUUCUGACGUGCUGGAUGUUAUACCAUUAUGGCAGGAGGUAGAGUACUUCAAGGACUAUCAGAAGCGAUUAAAACAUUUCUUAGGGGAGGACAAGGCAACGCAGACGAUCAACGGUGCAUUAUACUUAAUCAGCAUAGGAACAAACGACUUCCUGGAGAAUUACUACGCAAUGCCUCAACGACGAACAGAAUUCAGCGUCGAGGAGUAUGAGGACUUUCUGGUGAAGAUUGCCGCCGGAUUCAUCCGGCAAUUGCACGGUUUGGGCGCCCGGAAAAUUUGUCUCUGCGGCAUCGCCCCCAUGGGCUGCCUGCCAUUGGAAAGAACUACCAACUUCUUUAUGGGGAGCGAGUGUAUCGAGGAACUUAAUGAGGUGGCCUUAGCUUUCAAUGCCAAGCUGGGGGCGAUGGUGAAGACGCUGAAUCUUGAGCUUCCGGACAUAAGAUUGACGCUCUCGAAUCCCUACGACGUGCUUCUGGAAGCAAUUCGGAAGCCAUCUUUGCAUGGGUUUGAUGUGGUUUCUCUGGGGUGCUGCUCGACGGGGCUGCUGGAGAUGGGAUAUUUGUGCAACAAGCUCAGUCCCUACACCUGUGAGGAUGCUGACAAGUAUGUAUUUUGGGAUGCUUUCCACCCCACGGAGAAGAUGAACCGCAUCUUCGCACAGCAUUUGGUGAACGACCUCCCACCAUUGUCAUAGAAUAAUUUUUCCAUCAUAUAUAAUGUACACCUCUCAUCUCUUUCUGUUUGAUAUAUAUAUA